AAUUAAACUACUGAAAUUCGAAAUGAUAAUUGACUCAAUCUGACAAUGCCGAAUGAUGAGUUAACCAAAACGCGAAGCGACUCGAGACCAAAAACAAUCCGAAUCCAGUUUGUCGUGUCGCCUUGACCGUAAAACCCCCAACGGAUUUCCCAAAACUCUCUCCGGACGCGUUCUCGAUGGCUUCGUCGUCGUCCUCUCUCCCGGCCACCGUCUCCGCCUCCUCCGCCUCCUCCUCCGCCGCCGCCCCUCCACGCCGACGCUUCGCCGUCUCCUUCCCCCUCUCUCCCCAGUUCAAGAACCCACUCCUCUCACUCCUCCCCUCCAAGGGAUUGGGCAUUCGCUGCAGGAGAUCUACCACUGCGAAGGCCCAAUUGAAUGAGGUUGUCGGCGAUGACUCGGGCGCUUCGAAGCCCAAGGAGGAGGAGGAAGUCCCGACUUCCGAAGAGAGUAAUUCCGGGCCGAGGAAGUGGAAUUCUCCGCCAUCCCCGUUGCCCGACGAAGCAAUAUCGGCGUUCAUGUCUCAAGUUGCGAGCCUUGUCAAGCUUGUUGACUCUAGAGAUAUCAUCGAAUUGCAGCUGAAGCAGCUUGAUUGUGAAUUGAUCAUCCGUAAAAAAGAGGCUUUGCCUCAGCCGCAGCCUGCUCCGGUUGUCAUGAUGCAGCCGCCCUCGGCCCCUGCUGCGAUGCCGUCGCCCGUUGCCGCCUCUGUUCCGUCGCCUGCUAGGGCUUCAUCGGCCCCGCCUGCUGCCCCUGCAUUGGCCCAAAAGGCGGCCAAGCCAUCGCAUCCUCCUCUGAAAAGCCCGAUGACGGGAACAUUCUACAGGAGUCCUGGUCCUGGUCAACCACCAUUUGUAAAGCCCGGCGAUAAGGUUAACAAAGGACAGGUCCUCUGCAUCAUUGAAGCAAUGAAACUGAUGAACGAAAUUGAGGCUGACCAUGCAGGGACUGUAGUUGAGAUACUUGUCGACGAUGGCAAGCCUGUGGGCAUAGAUCAGCCACUGUUUGUAAUCGAGCCUUGAAGCGACGACAAACCUAUGUUUUUCCCUCAGUUUCUCCCUUUUUUUGGCUAGGGGUAGAUGGCUUGUAUUAACAUCAUCUGGUGUUUAUGCGGGACAUUAGCGUGGUUUGCAUGUUUAUUCGUCUAGAGAGAUGUUCUGCUGGAGAGUGAUAAUAAUGUUCUUCUGCAAUUGUAUUCCGACGAAUAUUGCUGGAUCCAUUAAUGAGCUUGAAUCUACAGUUUUUUUCAUCUU